AUGGCGAACUUGAAACAGUCUCAAUACUCUCUCACACCGGCUAUUUGGCCCCAGAAGGGCAUAAUCGAAAUCUUUGACCAGAGUGGCGACCGCAUCGUCGGCUUUUCGGUUGAGUUCCUUGAACGCGGGGAGGUAUUGAAUUGGGCAUACAUCACAUUCUGCGUCCAAUCGAGUGUGAUAGAAGUGGGUAAACUCGUGAACCAGAGCGGAGCUGAUGUGGAUUACAGCCAAAUACCAACAGCUGCAAGGUACUUCUUCGUCCAAGACGAUGGGCCACAGAGGGCUUGUACACCGAUCGUAGGGCCAAGGUUGCAUCACAAGCACAGAGGUCCGGUGCAGGACUCAUACUCUGGCACAAUGAGUGCAUCCUCUGUUACAGGAUCUAGCGGGAAUCAGUCGGCAUUCCGAAGUCGACUUCUAAUUCGCGAUGGCUGGUGCAUCGUUUCGGACGAAGCCAACACUGUCGCAGCUCACAUUUUGCCUCAAAGUCGACCCGAGUACUACGAAGAGAUCCUAGGAUACAGACCCAGCUCUCUGCAUGAGGUGGGCUUUGGAAUGCUGCUAUCAGGAUCGCUGCACCAUUCUUUUGACCAGGCAGAAUGGUCUCUCUUUCCCGAUCCUAAAAUCACAACACCUUUUACACUUGCACUUGAAGUUGAUAAACAGCUUAUCAUUCAAGGAAAAGCCGGUCUGGUAGGCGAGAAAGCAAAAGUGAAGACGAGAGACCUCAUUCGAUAA